ACCAGUAACAGCUAAUCAAGUUUGUUUCUUUUGUAUUUUGGUUAGAUUGUUAUUAUAUUUUAAAUAUAUUAAAUACUAAAUAAAAGACAAUAUUUUAACAUAAUAGUGUCGACAAAAGUUACUAGAAACUACUUUUUAAAGAAAUGUCUUCGCCGACGGAGGAGAGCGUUAGGCGUAACAGUGAAAGCGAAGGCGGAGAAGUGGAGACGCCGGAGCACGAUCCACAUUAUGAACCUAUUGUGUCUUUGCCACUCGUAGAUAUACAAACCAAUGAGGAGGAAGAGGAAGAGCUCUGCAAGAUACGCGCGAGACUCUACAGAUAUGAUACUGGAGAUCACGAGUGGAAGGAGCGAGGAACUGGAGAUAUUAAAUUGCUACGUCAUAAAGCAAAUAACUCAGUGCGAGUAGUAAUGAGACGUGACAAAACCUUAAAAGUUUGUGCUAAUCACUUCAUUACUCCAGAUAUUCGUAUGAAUGUCCAUUGUGGGUCUGACAAGGCCUUUAAUUGGUCCGUUUUUGCUGAUUAUGCUGAUGAAACCUGCAAACAGGAGUUGCUUGCUAUAAAAUUUGGUAAUCCACAAAAUGCUGAACUUUGGAAAACAAAAUUUGCUGAAGCCCAAGAAAUUGUCAGAACUAAGUGCAGUCUUUACACUCAAGAUCAGUCUUCAGAUGAUGAGAGUAGUAUCACAAGAAGUGAAGAUACAGAUACUCCAGAACCCAAAAGUUCAGAAAAAAUAGUGGAUGAAGAAUCAAAGAAGGAACAAGGCGAAAACGUAGAAUCUGAUGGUGUCAUAUUACAACUAAAAGAACUAAAAGUGGACAGUGAAAAGUCAGAGUAAAUCAUUUACUAUUUUAAAUUCCAUUUGUUUUUGUAAAAAGUUUAAUUUUAUCUUCAAGAUCAUUGACGGAAUAUGGCAUUUGUUAUAAAGUGGAAGACAACAUAGUAGGUAGCGGUAAUUUUUUAGAUAAAACUGGAUCCAUAUAAAAUUUGUGAGUAAAAAACAUCAAAAAGUAAAAAAAAUGCAUUGUAAAAUAUAUGGAACAAACCUGAUUUAUGAUUAAUAUCUUGUCUUGUAAUAAAAAAAGUUAACUUUUUUUUAUAAAGAUGUGAAUAGAAAUUGUAAUGUUAAAAUAAUUACUCAAUAGUAUGGAUCAUAUUUUUUUAGAGUAGUAUGUU